UUUCCUCCCCCCUCUUGCCUUCCCGGGAGGUUCCUGCGGGCGCUCCGGUCCUUUUUUGGGGACCCCCCACCCCUUUCUCCCCCGAUCGUUGCGCUCCUCCCUCCCUCCCCCCCUUUAGACGGCCCGGCUCCGUGCGCCAAGCUUGGGGAGGGGGCGUCCGGGAGAAGGGGAAGCCGACGGAGCGAUGCGCCCAGGCCGGGCGCUCCCUUUGGGGCUGUGCAUGCUUUGGGCCGGCGUCCUCUGGCAACAGGUAGCCGGCCUCCGGCGCAGCGUGUAUUGGAACUCCAGCAACCCCAGGUUUUUCGACGAAGACUUCACCGUUCAAGUCUCUGUCAACGAUUACCUGGAUAUCUACUGCCCCCAUUAUGAGCACCCCGUGGCCGUGGGAGGCCCAGAGACUUUUUCUCUGCUCAUGGUGGAUCUGGAGGGCUACCGAGGUUGCUACGAGACACCGGGGGCCUUCAAACGUUGGGAGUGCAACCGGCCCUACGCCCCGUACGGCCCGGUCCGCUUCUCGGAGAAGAUCCAGAGAUUUACGCCCUUCUCGCUGGGCUUUGAGUUUCAUCCUGGACGCGAUUACUACUAUAUUUCCAUUCCGUCUGUGGAGAGCCCCGGACGCUGCUUGAAACUUCGGGUCUCUGUGUGUUGCAAGGCCACUGCAGAACCCAUAACAGAAGGCCCCAAAUCGCAACCGCGGGGGAGAGGCGGCUCAGACGAUGCUGCCGCCGUCGGCGGGCCCAACUCUGCCCGGACGUGGCACCCCAGCUGGGCCUUUCUGGGACUGCUCUUCUGGCUCCCCCUGUGGCUUUGACCCCAGGGAGCGAAGGAGGGCUGGAAGGGGGAAGGAGAGGAUGGACGUUUGCCCCCCCCCUCCGGCCAGGCCCGACACCAGGGGAAAGGGGCAUGCUGUAAGACUUGGCCAUCAUCCGGCACCUUCUCAAGACAUUGUAAAGAGGCAAGGGAUCAUCGUAUGGCGCUUUAGGAUCCGGAGGUGACUCCCUCCGUGGCCCUCCCUCGGCCGGAGCCCUGAUCCUCACGAGACCGGCCCGGCUUCCAAAGGUCUCCUCGGGACGCUGACCGCCAUCAUCCUUUGCGACUUCUGAAGGCGACCCCCCCGAGAGAAAACCGAAGCCGUGGGUGGUGAG